AUGCUCGACACAAAUAACUCUAUCGCCCUAACAGCCUUUACUAUCUCCCUGAUUGCCCUGGCAGUGGCCCUUCUCCAGCUCCUCCAGCAGUACUUUGCAACAGCUCAGGGCUAUAACCGGUGCUCAAGACGGUUCAUCGGUAGCUGGUCUCGAUUCAGGCACCGACAUUAUCUCUGGCGGGAGUUCCGGUUUGAGGUCACAUUCGUGAGACCCUAUAUCUAUCUUGGAAAUCCCAAAUUAAAUCAACCCAGUUUGGAUGUUGUGAAUUCGUCGGCGAUAUGGCUCCACCUUUUUCCAUUUCUCCAGAGAGACCGGAAAUGGCGGGCGCAAUAUCUGAGAAAGUGCUUGAGUGUAAGCGACUUGGCAGAGGAAUUCACUGACGCGCACACCCAUGCCUCUUGGACUCUUUUUAUGAAGCAUCUGCAAGAAUAUAACGAAGUUGCUACCAGGCGAAUUGCUCGUUCAACUUCCAGGCUAUUGCCACCUUCCUCUCCUCCGUCAUCAGCUUACAGCAUCUGCAUCAAGUUUGAGCCCUGCAUAUGGGAUGACCUCCCUGGCAACACCGGCCGACUGACAGGCUCAGUUUCCCUCCGCGACCUAACCGUCUUGACUCGUUUUCUCGGCCUUGCUUGGUCCGAGCGUCCGUUCCCGUUCGCCCAACAUCCGGCAUCUGCAGAAGAAGAAAGCAGAUCAACUACCAGCUACCCUUCUCGAGGCAUUCUCCAAGCCUCAGGAAACACUCUCACCCUUUCCGAAACAUCCACCCCUUUACUCCGCUACGAGCAGCAAGACACCACCCCGCCACGGCUACGACACCUGUCACGGAGAGAGGCCUUCAUCAUCCAUCCCGGGACGGUAGCAAUGUUCUACGGGCGAAUGAUUCUGGACUCCGUUCUUUUCCCAUCUCCGGCCUUCUCCCAACCACUCAUCCUAGACGGUGACGAUGACCGGGUUUGGAAGAACCUAUCAAAUACCAUGUGGCUUCCCGUCCCACCGAGACCAAACCUCGUCAACAUCCUCCCAGCCUUGUGCUCUACUAUCCUCAGCCAAAGAGAUCUUUACCCUGUGCGCGUACCAAAACCGCAUCGGUAUCUCCUGGGCCCGUUCACUAGGCCCAAAAUAGCGAUGAUAUUCAAGCGUGGUGUGGAAGAUAUACAAACCCAGGGGUCUUCGCGUAUCGUAGACGGGAUUCUAGAGGCUAUCAAGGAGCUAGAGCAGAUUUCUCGACCACCACAGCAGAACUCACCGCCUCCCGCUCCCUUGACCGCAACAACAACCACCUUCACCCGCAUCCCAGACUACUGGAAACUUUCCCAAGGAGCGCAUCCCGCCUGGGCCACCGAUUUAGGGUCGAAUAACCCCGAAGCCAUGAUUUUCUACUCCAAGGUCCACCGCUGGUUAAACUGGAUCCAGCACGAACUAAGCCAAUUCCUCUGUCGAGAAGACAGCCACAUCGGACCCUACACCUUCUUCCACUGGGAUCUAAUCUCCUCUUUUGUCGAGUACAUUGUCGCCACCGAAAAUGGUGAAGCAGACACUGGACACGGCAAAGGAGGCUUCACCUCCCCUGAAGCAGCAGGAACCUCCACGGCAACGAAGCAGCAGCUGCUGCCACACAGUAAAAUGCCGCAAGGAAACCUAAACGACAAAAUAGACCAACGGACCAGAAAAACUCCCUUCUCAGCCUGGCGCCGAAACAUGAAAGUCCUCUUCGACCAUUUCCCUACCAUCGAGGAUCAUGUCCGGAAGCGGGGAAAACGACGCGCUGAAAUGCACCUGAAUGGAUACGGCUGUGGGGAGACCCUUAAUCUGGGUGACCCGUUUGAUGUGUUGAUCUCUUGUGAAGGGGUGGUGGGGUAUAGUCAAGUUAAUUCCGAGGAGAUUCGGGAUGCGCUCGUGGGGCAUCGGUGUCAUUAUAUGCAUCCGGAUGAUCAGGAACCGUUUCAGUCCGAGUUUUAUGGGGAUAUUCGGCAGGUAGGCAUUGAGUAA